AGUGCCGAGUGGGGCCGGGCGGAUUAGGACGAAAAGCAAAGGCCCGGAAAAGCAAAAGAGGUGAGAGAGAAAGAGAGGGAGAGAGACCGCCCGCGAAUCCGCGAUUGCUACGGCCUCUUCCGCAACGAGCUUGAAAGCGUGCUUGCCUGCCAUUUCCAGCUUCCAAUUCCUUUUCGAAAUCCUUCUCCUUUUCUUCUUCCUCUUCCAUCCCCUCCCCUUCCGCCUCCUUCCCUUCCUUCCUCCUCGUCGUCUUCGCUCCCCUCCACGACCACGCGCAUCCGUCUGUGCACUUCGUCCUCGCCCAUUCCUCCUGCCUGUGGAUGCGUCCGGGCCCGGGGGUCCGACCCGGCGGCUGCGGCGGGAGCGGCGGCGCGAGGAGGUGGCGGGAGAGUAGAAAUCGCGGGAGUUGACGAGUCACGGAGAUGUGGGAGUCCAGAAGGUUAUAGCAAGGUCUUGUCUUGAUUUCUCAAGGAAGGAUGGAGUACCGGGCUUUGCAGCUCGGCGUGCUGCUGGCCUUUCUACUGGCCGCUGGCUCACAGGGGGUGAACCAUGAAGGCUGGCUUCUCCUGGCGCUUAAGAGCCAGAUGAUUGACACCCUCCACCACCUUGAUAGCUGGGACCAGAGGGCUCCAUCGCCGUGCGCAUGGAAGGGCGUGAACUGCUCGUCGACGUCCAGCCCAGCGGUGGUGUCUCUCGACCUCAAAGGCAUGAAUCUGUCGGGCAAUGUCGCGCCUAGCAUUGGCGGUUUGUCUGAGCUUACGUAUCUUGAUCUAUCCCUCAAUGGGUUCUAUGGUAACAUCCCUUCAGAGAUUGGGAAUUGCUCGAAGCUGGAGGUUCUUAACUUGUACAACAACAAUUUCAUUGGUACAAUCCCCCCUGAGCUCGGGAGCCUAGCUAAGCUGGUCACGUUUAAUCUGUGCAAUAACAAGCUCCAUGGCCCAAUACCUGAUGAGAUUGGCAAUAUGGCGUCACUUGAGGAUUUGGUAGGGUACAGUAAUAAUCUCUCUGGUUCUAUACCUCGUUCUAUUGGCAAGCUGAAGAACCUGAGGACUGUUCGGUUGGGUCAGAAUCUUAUAUCAGGCAACAUUCCAGUUGAGAUAGGUGAAUGCCUAAACAUUACCGUGUUUGGUCUUGCACAAAACAAGUUAGGAGGUCCUUUGCCGAAAGAGAUUGGGAAGUUGAGUUUCAUGACAGACUUGAUCCUAUGGGGGAAUCAGCUUUCUGGUGUUAUUCCUCCAGAGAUUGGAAAUUGUACAAAUCUCGAGACAAUUGCCCUCUACGAUAAUAAUCUAGUUGGUGCUAUACCUGCAACAAUCGGGUACAUCAGGUAUCUUGAGAAGCUAUACCUUUACAGGAACUCAUUAAAUGGUACAAUUCCAUCUGAAAUUGGAAAUCUUUCUCUUGCGCAAGAGAUUGACUUUUCAGAGAAUUCCUUAACUGGAGGGAUACCAAAAGAGUUAAGCAACAUACCAGGCUUGUAUUUACUCUACCUCUUCCAGAACCAGCUUACAGGCUCUAUUCCUACAGAGUUGUGUGGAUUGAGGAACUUGAGUAAACUUGAUCUCUCGAUCAAUUCACUCACUGGCCCAAUUCCAGCUGGAUUUCAGUACAUGAGAAAACUAAUCCAAUUGCAACUCUUCAACAAUAUGCUAUCAGGCAACAUACCUCCAAGGUUUGGCAUCUAUAGCCGACUCUGGGUGGUGGAUUUCUCAAAUAACAAUAUUACAGGGCAGAUACCUAAAGAUCUCUGCAGGCAGUCAAACCUUAUUUUGCUGAAUCUGGGGUCUAACAUGCUUACUGGGAACAUUCCACAUGGGAUCACCAACUGUAAACCCUUGGUGCAGCUUCGUCUUGGUGACAACAGUCUAACAGGAAGCUUCCCCACUGAUAUCUGCAAUCUAGUAAAUCUGACAACAAUUGAGCUGGGUCGGAACAAGUUUAGUGGCCCUAUUCCUCCUCAGAUAGGCAAUUGCAAAUCUCUGCAAAGGCUCGACCUUACAAAUAAUUAUUUUACGUCAGAGUUGCCCCAAGAAAUAGGUAAUUUGUCAAAGCUCGUUGUCUUCAAUAUCUCAUCUAAUAGACUAGGAGGAAACAUACCAUUGGAAAUUUUCAAUUGUACAACGCUGCAACGCCUUGAUCUCAGCCAGAAUAUCUUUGAAGGUUCAUUACCAAAAGAAGUUGGUGGACUGCCACAGCUGGAGCUGCUAUCCUUUGCUGAUAAUAGGUUAUCUGGACAGAUACCGCCUAUUCUUGGUAAACUUUCACAUUUGACAGCACUUCAGAUUGGUGGCAAUCAUUUCUCCGGUGGAAUACCAAAGGAGCUGGGCUUGCUCUCGAGCUUGCAGAUUGCCAUGAAUUUGAGCUAUAAUAACCUCUCUGGCAACAUACCAUCAGAGCUUGGUAACCUUGCAUUGUUGGAAAAUUUGUUUCUCAACAACAACAAAUUGACAGGUGAAAUCCCAGCUACAUUUGUAAAUCUGUCCAGUUUGCUUGAGCUCAAUGUUUCCUACAAUGAUCUCACUGGUGCUCUCCCCUCAAUACCGCUUUUUGAUAAUAUGUCUUUGACCUCCUUUAUUGGAAAUAGAGGACUAUGUGGUGGACAACUUGGUAAAUGUGGAUCCCAGUCAUCUUCUACUUCCCAGUCAUCCAAUUCUGUCAGUCCCCCUAUGGGCAGGAUCAUUGCAAUUGUGGCUGCUGUUAUUGGAGGGAUUUCACUAAUUCUUAUUGCUAUUAUUGUGUACCAUAUGCAAAAACCACCAGAGACAGUAGCUCCCUUGCAAGACAAGCAAUUUUUUUCAGCUGGGUCUAACAUGCAUGUUUCUGCUAAGGAUGCAUAUACAUUUCAGGAAUUGGUUUCUGCUACAAAUAAUUUUGAUGAGAAUUGUGUUAUUGGAAGGGGUGCUUGUGGAACAGUGUACAGAGCCAUCCUGAAGCCUGGACAGACAAUUGCAGUAAAGAAGCUUGCUUCUAAUAGGGAAGGGAGCAACACGGACAACAGUUUUCGUGCAGAGAUCCUGACUCUUGGAAAGAUAAGACACCGCAAUAUUGUGAAGCUGUAUGGUUUCAUCUAUCACCAGGGUUCCAACCUUCUACUGUACGAGUAUAUGUCAAGAGGCAGUCUUGGUGAGCUACUUCAUGGGCAAUCAUCUUCUUCACUUGAUUGGGAGAUACGCUUCAUGAUAGCACUUGGGGCUGCUGAAGGUCUCUCAUACUUGCAUCACGAUUGCAAACCUCGCAUCAUCCACCGUGAUAUCAAAUCCAAUAACAUAUUACUUGAUGAGAACUUUGAAGCUCAUGUUGGUGACUUUGGGUUGGCAAAGGUGAUCGACAUGCCAUACUCAAAGUCAAUGUCUGCAAUUGCAGGUUCUUAUGGCUAUAUAGCCCCUGAAUAUGCAUACACCAUGAAGGUUACUGAAAAAUGUGACAUAUAUAGCUAUGGCGUCGUGCUGUUGGAGCUGCUAACUGGGCGUGCGCCUGUGCAACCAUUAGAAUUGGGAGGUGAUCUGGUAACGUGGGUAAAGAAUUACAUCAGGGACAAUUCUUUGGGUCCUGGGAUCCUUGAUAAAAAUUUGGAUUUACAAGAUCAGAGCGUUGUCGAUCACAUGAUCGAGGUUAUGAAAAUCGCCUUGCUAUGUACUAGUUUGUCUCCAUCCGAGAGACCAGCGAUGCGGCAUGUUGUAGUUAUGCUAAGCGAGUCUAAAGAUAGGGCAAGGGUGAGUUCUGCAUCCUCACCUGCUUCUGAUCAUUCUUCGAAGAAGGAUAACUGUAAAAUCGGGUGUGACACUCGUCUCCACGCCGCGCCCCCUGGCGUCCCUCCCCCUCAGCCUCCCGCCUCGCCUCUCAGCCGCCUCCACGCCCUCCCCUUCUCGUCCGCGGACAACGGCCUGCUCACCGGCGCCGAGUCCCUCUGCGACCUCCACGUCCACCAGUUCAUCAUUAUCUUCAACGCCUCCGAGUCGCUCCGCCACGCGUUCGACGAGUUCCUCUCCGGCAUCCGGUCCCCGGUCUGCGUCAUCGCCGACGCCUUCUUCGGCUGGACCGCCGACGUCGCGCGCGCGCGGGGCGCGUCCCACGCCGUGUUCUGCUCCGUGUGGGAGCACCUCCCGCAUGCCGUCACGGCGGACGAUGAGUUCCCGCUGCCCGACUUCCCCGACGUCGUCCUCCACCGCACGCAUAUCCCGAGGUACAUGCUCGCCGCGACCGGGGCGGACCCCUGGACGGCCUUCUUCCGGCGGGUGAUCUCCUUCUGCCGCAAGACCGACGCGCUUCUCGUUAACACCGUCCAGGAACUUGAACCCGCUGGCUUUGACAUGCUCAAAAGAAGAUUCGGCGUCCAGCCAUGGCCGAUCGGGUCAAUCGUCGCAGAGCCGACUCCGUCGGACUCGACGGAUGACACCGGCAUCAUCCAGUGGAUCGACGCGCACCCGCCGCACUCGGUCAUCUACAUAUCCUUCGGCUCGCAGAAUAACAUCAGCGCGGACCAGGUGACGGAGCUGGCGCCGGGGCUGGAGACUAGCGGUCGCCCCUUCCUCUGGGCCGUCCGGACGCCUCUGGGAUCCGACGCGAAGGGGUUCAAGCCCGAGUGGCUCCCGGCCGGCUUCGAGGAGCGGACGGCUCGGGCCAAGACGGGGAUGCUGGUGCGCGGGUGGGCGCCGCAGUUGCGGAUCCUGGCGCACCCGUCCACCAGCGCGUUCCUGACCCACUGCGGGUGGAACUCCAUCCUCGAGAGCCUCUCCCACGGCGUGCCGCUGAUCGGGUGGCCGCUGGGGGCCGAGCAGUUCUUCACCGCGAAGCUGGUGGCCGAGUGGGGCGUCUGCGUGGAGGUGGCGCGCGGGAACCUGGAGAGCUCGGCGGUGGCUAGGGAAACGGUGGCCGAGGCCGUGCUGACGGUGAUGGGGGGGGGGGGGACGGCGAAGGGCGAGGAGAUGAGGGGGAAGGCGGGGGCGAUCGCGCGCGCGAUGGCGGCCGCGUUGGAGCCGCGCGGCGGGUCGGCGGCGGAGGGCUUGGAGGGGUUCCUGAGAUGCGUUGAGACGUCGAUGCGCCGAGAUGCCCACUUUGAGAUUGGUGCGGUGAGAAACCAACAGCCAGUUUUGUAACGUGUCAGCCGUGUGUAUAUGUUGCAUAAUAUUGGGUUCAAAUGAUUGGAAGCCGUAGAAAUUGUUGUUCCUGGGAUACACAUGUCUAGUCUGAAGGGAAUUCGUGACGCCGGU